GUGACAGUGCCCCAACGGCACCCAAUAAUUCGUCUAUCGCAUUGACCCACAUAGUUUAUUUCCUAAUCACUAAGAUUUAAAUUUGGGAAGUCACUCUCCAUCGCUAUAUAUAUAUAUAUACCACUUCGUAUGCACCAGAGAGUAAUCUAGAGCGAAGCAGAUUUGAGAUCCAGAGAAGCCGAGAAAUGGGUUUGCAGGAGGAAUUUGAGGAGUAUUGCGCGAAAGCCAAGACCCUGCCCUUGAGUACUCCUAAUUAUGAUGAAAACAAGCUUAUUCUGUAUGGACUGUUCAAGCAAGCUACUGUUGGACCAGUGAAUACUAGCUGCCCCCGUACGCAGGACAAGGCAAAGUCAUGGGAUGCAUGGAAGGCUGUCGAAGGAAAAUCCAAGGAGGAAGCAAUGAGUGACUAUAUCACUAAGGUGAAACAGUUGCUUGAAGAAGUCUCUGCUUGAUGUUGUUUGAUGUUCUGAAGCUUGUUUUUCUCCCUGAUAGCUUUGCAUGUGUUGGAACAAAUUAAAUAUGUGGAAGAUGAUAAUAAGGAACAUUUGUGGUUUCACUACUACUAGUGUUGUGUGCAUGGAAGAUGACAAUGAUGUAAUGUCCAUACUUAUUUUCAAGCUUUAUAUAUAUACCACCAUAGAUAUAUAUAUAAGAAGAUCAUUUUGUUUGACUAA